ACAGACUCACUGCGACUCGCCUUAAGGCAGAUUACAAGCAGCCGCUCGGUGAUUUCGACGUUGUUUUGUAAAAUAACUGCUGGUUUAAGCGGCUCCGAUCGCCGACAUCUUUCAUCCGUCGAAGUAACCGCAGUAAUAUCGCAUGUCCAAUAUACAGAACCUCCAGUCCUUUGAUCCCUUUGCUGAUGCAACUAAGGGUGACGACUUGCUCCCGGCGGGGACGGAGGAUAAAAUCCAUAUAAGGAUUCAGCAACGAAACGGCCGCAAAACGCUGACCACAGUGCAAGGCAUCGCUGAUGAUUAUGAUAAAAAGAAGCUUGUGAAAGCCUUCAAAAAGAAAUUUGCCUGCAAUGGGACAGUGAUCGAGCACCCGGAGUAUGGAGAGGUGAUUCAGCUACAGGGAGACCAGAGGAAGAAUAUCUGUCAGUUUCUGCUAGAGAUCAACAUUGUAAAAGAGGAGCAGUUGAAGGUUCACGGUUUUUAAAAGGGGGGGCUGUUUUCUACAGGACUGCACCAGCAUGUAGCAAUCCUAGUACAUUCAUGGCAGGGUUUUUGUGACCAUAUGCUAACAACACUGACAGCAGGGUAAAAACUGUUUGGGUUUUUUUUUUUUUUUGCAGUUGUUUCAAGCUCGAAUCUUCAUAAUGACCUCAACCGGACCACUAAUUCCAGGCUGGUCUGGAUUAGAUACUGAAUAUUUGUUGAUGCUUGUGAACGUUUUAUGAUAGAUACACUCAACUGCAUGAUCUUUUUACCAAGGACAAUAAAAUGUAUGUGACUUUGCA